CAGUUCGUUGUUAGCCGUUAAACGUAACAGACGUUAGACGGGAAAGUUUACAAAAAUAGUGUUUGUUUGAAGAAGAAGAAGAAAAAAGAGCUUUCAUAGAGAAAACAAAUAUACUGAGAGUCUUAACAAAAAAAUAUACAUAAAUAAAAAACAAAUAUUUACAAAAAAGUACUCAAAAGCCGGUUAAAAUUGUUUAAAUUUUAUUAAGCACAACAACUACAGUGAAAUUAAAUUUUUAACUAAAAAUCCACAAAAAAAACAAGCAACAACAACAACAUUAUGGCGGAAAAUCUAUCUUCUCCCAUUAAAAAAUUUUAUGCCGGUAAAAAUGUUUUCAUUACGGGAGCGACUGGUUUCGUAGGUGUCACUAUUGUUGAGAAACUUUUACGUGAUAUACCCGAAAUCGGUACAGUUUAUCUCUUGAUGAGAGCCAAAAAAGGCAAAUCGGUAGAGCAGCGUUUGGAAGAACUUAAAAAGAAUUCGGUAUUUAAUAAAUUUAAAGAACAAAAAUUGGAAGCACGUUUUGCCAAAAUCCAUCCCGUUGAGGGUGAUGUGGGUCAAGAACAUUUAGGCCUUUCCGAAGCUGAUCGUCAGUUAUUAAUCAAUAAUGUUCAUGUAGUCUUUCAUUCAGCUGCCACUUUGGAUUUCUUUCAAACUUUAAAGGAGACCACUAAUAUCAAUUUGAGAGGUACCCGCCGUGUAGUGGAAUUGUGUAAACAAUUGUCAAAAUUAGAGGCUUUGGUACAUGUUUCUAGUGCCUACGUCAAUUCCUAUAUAACAGAAGUUGAAGAGAAAUUGUAUCCUGCUCCUGAUGAUCCAGAGAAAAUAAUCGAUUUGGCAGAGACCUUAAAUGAUGAGGCUCUAAAGGAAUUGGAACCCAAAUUGCUAAAAGAUCACCCCAAUACCUAUACCUUUACCAAACAUUUGGCUGAACAUGAGGUGGCCAAAGUGGCGGGCAGUAUACCCUGUGGCAUUGUUAGGCCUAGUAUGAUUACUGCUGCCUGGCAACAGCCCAUUCCCGGCUGGACUAUUUCGAAAAAUGGUCCUUCUGGCUUUUUUAUGGGUGCCUCUAAAGGAGUUUUGAGACGUUUGCCUUUGGAUCCCACCCUGAUUAUGGAUUAUAUUCCUGUAGAUGUUGUCGUUAAUGCCAUUAUAACCACGGGUUACUAUGUGAAUGCCUUAAAACUAAAAAAUGCCGGCAAACCCGCUGAAUUACAAAUAUUCCACUUGACCUCCAGUACCUAUAAACCCUUCCGUUUCGAGGUAUUGAUUAAUAAAAUCAAUACAUGUUUACAUGAAUAUCCUCUACAAUCGGCAGUAUGGUAUCCCAAACUAAAGUUGGUGAAAAGUUUAACUUUAUUCCGUUUGGGUGCUAUAUUAUUUCAUUUUAUACCCGGUUUCUUUUUGGAUUUGUUAACGAGAUUGGCGGGCGGUAGACCCAUAUUAAUGAGACUACACAAAAGUGUUUGGAAUUCUUUGAAUACUUUGGAAAAAUUCAUUUUUACCGAAUGGCAUUAUGACAGCAAACAUACUUUGGCUUUGGCAAAAUCUAUGGAUCCGGUAGAUAAAGAAGUAUUUUUCUUAGAUAUUGGACCACUUAAUUGGGAAGAAUAUUUCCAAAAUACUAUUUUGGGCGUAAGAGAAUAUUUGAGUAAGGAAUCUCCCAAGAAUUUGGAAGCUGCCAGACGCAAGGAUAAGAUUUUACUGGCUCUUCAUUGUGCUUUGCAAUUGUUCUUUUACUUUGGCGUUUGGAAAUUGUUGAUUGCAGUAUUCGGUUUAACCAGUUCGAAGGCUGCUUUAGUUUUACCACUUGUUUAUUAUUUAUUUAAUUUAAUUUAAGUAUUUUCUUUUAUUAACUUUUAAACUUUUUAAUAUAAUAUGGACUUUGUUUUUUUUAUAACAAUUCUAUUGUUUUCACUUUUUUUCUAAUAAUUACAUUUUGGUAGUUGUUUAACUGAAUUUUCAAUAAAUAUUUAACAUGUAAGCGAGUGUGAAUUAAAGGUUGAAAAA